AUGGCCGCUGAACAGAUCACCGCGACGACUUCCCCGCAUAGCGGCAAGCCUGCCUCCGCCCGGUCACGGUCGCUGGGCGGGUGCGAGACCUGCCGGCGUCGGCAUGCCAAAUGUGACGAGACACGACCAUCCUGUCGGAUGUGUGAGCGAGCUGGUCUCGUCUGUGAGCAGUAUGGCAUUCGGCUCUUGUUUGACUCCGGGGAGAGUCACGGCUCGCGAUGUCGACGGCCGCUGUUCACCGAGCACUGUCGCCAGCAGAUGAGCGAGCAGCUGGUGGCUAGUCUCAACCCCCACAAUGUCAACACCGUGCUCUCUCGACUAGAUGGAGACUGUGAGGAGAGGGACGGGGCCCCUCCGACUCAGAGCUUCUUCACCCAGUUGGGGCCGUUUGGUGCCUUUCGUCUCGUUCCAGCUGAGCCUGACCCCAGCCCCGUCCUGAUAGACACUCUCCCAGCGGACUCGGAGUUACCACUGGUGGAGAUUCCUCCGGAGACUGGACUCGACCUCGCCCUGGAGGAUGCCUUUGCCAGUGACCCCUUACUCGAUUGCCUCUUUGGUAACCUAGAUGUCGAGGGGCUGGGGGAUCUGUCGACGCAGAACUUCUUCAGUGCUGCCAUGCCGUUAUCUGAGGGGGAUGACUUCUCCUCCCCGUCCCAGUCCCUCGCCAGUGGCUUGUUGAUGGGGCCGUCGACUUCCUCGUCACUGGGGCUAUCAUCUCCAUUUUUAUCGGCACCAAGUCUGCGGUCUCCGCCGACCGUCACCAAUCGCGCACCACCCGACGCUCCUUUCCUUCUGUCUGUCUAUAAGCACGACGUAGUGCCACUUUUCUCGCUGAUCCAAUCGCGCAAGAAUCCUUGGGAGACCCUGUUUGUGUCGAGCGCCAUGGAGACAUUGGCCCGCCUGACCAUGGGCGAAAGCGUUGCGUCGACGCAGAUGACCAUCUUCAGCGCCAUCCUUGCCGCGGGCGCCUUUGCCCAACGAGGAGCCUCUGCCACCCGCGGCUCGGCCAACUACUGGGGCGGGCAAGCAGAAGCCCUGGCAGCAGAGGCGCAAACCCACCUCAAGCGGGCCUUGCGAGACGCGUCAUCGACCGUCAAGAAGGUCAAGUACAAAGACAUUCUUAUCGCCCUCCUGUGCAUUCAUACCGUCUCAGCAUACCAAGGCAGCGAAGAGCGUGUCCGCCGUUGUCUGCUUGACUGCGAGAAUUGGGUGCGUUUCCGUGGCCUGCCCAAACCCCGCAAGUCCCGCAAGGUCCGCCUGCUGCACCACUGCUACGUCUACCUGCGCAUCUUCCACGAAAGCACGUCAGUCCUGCCCCCAGUGCCGACGGAUGAAGAGAUUGAUCAUGCCUCGCCGGAGGCUACUGUCGGCUCCAUAGCAUCCAGCCGGUCGUUCCGGCUGCGCCAAUGGGAGGGCCGUCUCGACCAACGCAUGGAGGAGCUCAAAGAGCCGCACCAGGGCGAGAAUGACCUUCACCUGGAGAUCCCCGGCCGGUGGGACUCGACCAUGUACCCGCAGGUGUUUGGGCUGCUGGAGCCGCCGUUCUUCCUCCUCUCGCAGGUGACCCGGUUGGGCAAUGAGCGCGACUUGGCUGAUGCUGGCAGCAGCGGCAGCACACUCGACUUCAAGCAGUUCAAUGCGCGGGCACGGAGUCUAGAGCGCUGCAUCUCCGCAUGGCGGCCGCCGCCCCUCGCCGUCGAUGUCAAUGGCACGUCGGACGCGAUUGAAAGCGGCAACAGCCGCCGCAGCUACCAGCUCAGCAGCGUGUUGCACAAGGCGUUGCUCAUCUUCUUCUACCGCCGGAUCUACGACGUGGAUCCGAUGAUUCUGCAAGAUAAAGCCUGGCAGGUGCGGGAGGCGCUUGCUGAGUACGAGCAGGGAAAUGAGGAGCAAGCGGGCUCUUCGCGCGUGGCGGCCCCGUUCCUGUGGGCAGCGUUUAUUGCCGCGUGCGAAGCGAUUGAUCCCACGUUGCAGAGCUGGUUCGUGCGGUGGUUCGAGUCGGCUGGCCAGCGGAGCAGUGUCGGGGUGUUUGAGCACGCGCUGGGCGCCAUCCGGCUGGUUUGGGAGCGCCAGCGACAGAACACGGGCAACACGGCCAGCUGGCCACAGAUCUUGCGCGAGGAGGGGAUCAGUCUAUAUUACAUAUAGAUGUUCUUGUCUGGGGGUAGCUGCCGCUUGUGGGUUUGAUGUUUCUCGUGGUCAGCUCACUGCAUGUACCUUCUCCCUACUACCCACCUAUCACCCUCUGGUGGAAACUGUCGGUAUGGUGAUGGCUGGCAGCCUAAUGUAGCAUCACCCCUACUCCCGACCCUUUAAUCGCGCAAAGACAGCAAGAGGAGCACUCACGGAUCCACCCCUAAUUCGAAGGGUGAAAUCCUGCCCCCUCUUCUGCAACCAUGCUUGCCCUCAGUUGAGUUAGCAGCAGCAGCCGACCCCUCCAUCAUUUGCCAACCACCAUCGAUAACCAACCACUCGGA